UAUUUACAUUUCGAGAAAGCAAAAUGGGCGCGCAACUCUGGAUCCAAGUUUUAAUAGUUUAUGGAAUAUUUUCUCACACAACAUCAAAGCGAAUAGUCGGAGGCGAAGUUGUUGAUAUAUCAACAUGCGGAUGGCAGGUGUCUUUGCAAGACGGCGAGGAACACCUUUGCGGAGGAUCCAUAAUCAACAAAAACUGGAUAGUCACCAGUGCGCAAUGUGUUCAAGACGGUGACACCAAUGAUUUAACUAUACGUACAGGAAGUUCCUACCACAAUUCAAAUGGAAAUGUAUACGAAGUAACCGACAUAGUUUUACAUCCGAAAUUUAAUAUAAGGACCUUUGAUUAUGAUGUCGCUCUGGUUAAAGUUAAAAAUCCUAUUAAACUUACAGUGUGUAAUAGUCGACCUGUAAAUUUAGCUAAUGAGCAAUAUGAGACUCCUGUAGGAUCUUUAGUUUAUGUAACAGGAUGGGGAGCUAACCAGACCGAAGGAAACGAUUCUUCAGAAUUACUUGGUGCUUGGAUUCCUCUGAUAGAUUCUUCAGUAUGUCAAAGUAAUUAUGCAGAACCAGGAAAACCAGACAGAAUCACUGAUAGAAUGUUAUGUGCUGGUUCUGCAAAAGGUGACGGUUUUUGUCACGGUGAUUAUGGUGGUCCAUUAGUUGACAAAAACAGGAAACUUAUAGGGAUUGUAUCCUGGGGUACCCAUUGUGGUCAAUCUGAUAAACCGGGAGUUUACACAAAAGUAAAUCAUCCAGAAAUUCUAGAGUUCAUUUUGACGAAAUCUAGUGAUUAAAAAUAUCAUAUCAAAAAUAAUUGCCUUCUAUUUUGUAACUUUUGUAUAAAAAUUUUGAAUAAAUAUUUUGUUGUGCAUGUA